UUUAGAUUUUACAGGAAGCUCUGUUAUUUCCUUUGGCCCUGUUUGAGCCCCAGCUUUAGGUUUUUUCACGAGGAACUCUGAUAUUUUUGGUUCUCUGUUUUAGUUUGCGAUCAAGAAUUGAGGGUUUUCUUGUAAAGCGUAAUUUCGUUUGGUUUUUGAAGGUUUUGUUUCUUUUGUGCUCAUCAGGUAGGUGGAGAUACUAUGGCAAUGAAUCUUUCCAAGGAUCCAAUGUUUAGUACAGAAAAGAGUUUGUUUUCUGCGAAAGAGAUGGAUAAUGUGUACCUGAUGGAGGAGUGCCCAGAUAAGAGAUUGGCUAGAUUUGGUGAUUAUUGGAAUCUCGAGUGGAAAUCAGAGAGUAUUUGUGAUUAUAAAAAGGAGAAAUCUGAGAAGCUGUAUGAUGAUAUCCUUGAUUUAUUGCCCUCUGAUCCUUUUGGUAUGGAUAUGUCUGCUACGGUGACGGCAAUCUCGGGUUGGUUUGGGGAUCUUGAGAUGGAUUUUGGGUUAAACACCCUUGGGUUUGGGACUGAUGAAAUUGAGGUCAAGAAAGGGGACGAUCAUCAAGUAUUUGCAGGAUUGAAUUUGGUUUGGAACGGUGCCAUGGGGUUUUAUCCAGGGACAGACAGAAAAGUAAUGGGGUCUGCAAUGGAUAAACAGUUAUGUGAUGCGUUGUGUGGUGAUUCUUUUCUUUUCGAUAGCAACGCAGAAGACUUUGUGGGUUCUAGCAAUGGAAAACGUUGGGAUUCUGCUACUGCUGCUACAAAACAAGAAGGGUGUUCAGAAGUUUAUAUAGAUGGUAGUGUAGGCGCUCCCCAUGAUGCUUUGUUUUUUGCUCUCGGCUAUCUGGGUGUGAGUGACCUUCUCUCUGUCGAAAGAGUUUGCAAAUCUUUGCGUGAUACAGUGCGAAACGAUCCCCUUCUGUGGAGAAGUAUUCACAUAGAUCAUCCAUUAAGUAUGAAAACAACUGAUGAUGCUCUUUUAAAGCUAACUAGCAGGGCUCAAGGCAAUCUUCAAUGCUUGAGUCUCGUGGAGUGCUUGAAGAUUACUGAUAGUGGCUUAAAGCGCGUGCUUGAAACCAAUUCCGGGCUUACGAAGUUAAGUGUUCCAGGAUGUGUGAAGCUCAGUGUUGAAGGUAUCCUCUGUAGCUUAAAAGAGGUUUUCAAGUCUGCAGGCACGCCUGGAAUAAAGCACCUAAGAAUUGGUGGGUUAUUUGGUGUGACAAACAAACAGUUUGAAGAGUUCAAGUUUUUGCUAGGUGCAGGCAACCACAAGCAGCUCAGUGCCCAGAAACCACGGUUUUAUGGUGCAGGGCAGUUGUAUCUAUCUGUUGAUGAUGAUCGUGCAAUUGAUAUUGAACCAUGUCCUAGAUGCCAGAAAGUCAGACAGGUCUAUGAUUGCCCAGCAGAGAGUUGCCAAGGGAAACACCAUGCCACACAGUUGUGCAGGGCUUGCACUCUUUGCAUUGCUCGUUGUAUAAGUUGUGGAUGUUGCAUUGGUGGAUGUGAAUAUCAAGAGACGUUCUGUUUAGACUUGAUUUGUAUGGAUUGUUGCAAGCAGCUUUUGAAUUGCCAGGAGAAACAGGAAGAAACAAGCACUCCCUUGAGGCAUACUGUUUUCCAUCAGCAGGAAAGUUACCAUUUGUAUCUCUGUAGCUAG